AUGGUCCCUGCAAACUUACGGCUGUCUCCACGCAGGCUCUUCGCCAUCGGGUCACAGCUGUCCCCCGAGCUGGGGAGCUCUGGGAUCGAGAUGCUGGAGACAGACACCUUCAAGCUGCACUGCUUCCAGACGCUGACAGGGAUCAAGUUUGUGGUACUCGCUGACCCGAGACAAUCGGGGAUAGAUUCCCUCUUGCGCAAGAUCUAUGAGAUUUAUUCUGACUUUGCUCUGAAGAAUCCUUUCUACUCACUGGAAAUGCCAAUCAGAUGCGAGUUGUUUGAUCAGAACUUGAAACUUGCUUUGGAGGUCGCAGAAAAAGCUGGACCAUUUGGGCCUGGAUCGUAGCAAAAGUUUUGCUUGCUGCACGAACUACUUUCCCUAAAGAGCAGGGCAUGUCUCUUCCCCACCUGGCCUCUCCCAGAGCUCUGUCCUCCACAGCAGGAACUUCAUCUUCCAAAAACAUGCUUCGUAUAGCCUUUGUGUGACAUUUACCUUAAACAGACUUGUUACUAUUGUUCACCUUGGGCCACAGAAGCUGAUUCUCUUACUGCAGCUCUACUGGUCCUGAAUGAAGAAAGAAAGAAAAGAUGCCGUUCUGUGGCCCUACUGUAGUCAUGUUUUACUUCAUAAUUGUACAUACGUAUUCUUCCUGUAUAGCUCUAAUUUAUGGUUUCACAAAGAUUCUUUGUGUAGAAAUGAUAAACAAUUCCUUAAAGAG